UAACGCACCAGUGAAACUCUGAGCCGCUGACCUGAGGCUGCUGGGUUGGACACACCGGACAAACCUGAGCUCUAAGAAUGCUGAUUUGUCCCUUUUCUUCACUGCAGCUACCACAUGCUUCUUUAACAGCUUACAACCACAUAUACUCACUCAUUCAAUAGCACACUUAAACACAGACACACACAAACACAUGCACAUGAACACACACCACAUCUGCCUCAUCCAGAGAUACAAAAAGCUCAGAAUGCUUUUUGCUUCCUUCCAAGAGGACUAAGGCUAUUUUGAGCCUGUGUACCUUGUUUUGACUUUACUGUACUUGUGAUUGUGUAUUUUUAAAUUUAAGGAACUGUUUUGUGUCUGUUCUAGUAUGUGGUUACCAAAAAGUAUUUGUAGUUAAAGAAGAUCACAGAAUAUCAAUCUGCUGGCCAUCACUACCACUCUGUUCCUUCAUCUGAACUGUUUGUGCAGGAAUCUAGUCUCUGAGUGAGCUUCUGAGAACAAGAGUUUUCCCGGGAGAGAUUCGUCCGUGGACCUGUCUGUUUUGGAGAUUUUCUAACCGGAAAUCCUUCAGUGUGUGUGAGAGCUGAAGGCCUGGCUGCUGUAUUUCCCACAAUGAGAGAGAAGUCCACUCAGAGAUGGAGGAAGAUGUAAGAAAAAAGACAGGAGAGAGUGUUCCUGUAAAUCUCUUGAGGAGCGUGUAAGCUGAAGGCAGCUGUGAAGUUUCAGCAGCCCAAACUGUGCAUGGUAGUGGUGCUGGAAGCUCCUGAGGAUCAACGAGUCCGCUCCGUAUUCUUGUCUCCUUGUCAGAAGGUUUGAGGUAAUUUCUUCAUCAUGUCGGGCUCCAUAAGAAAUGUGGACUAUAUGAGGGCCUUUUUUCAGUCCUGCAAAGGCUUCGAUCAACAGCAGAGGAUGGAUUUUUACAACAGCUGGGCUGAGACGUACGAACACGAUUCGGAGAUAAUCAGGUACAGAGCACCACAGCUGGUAGUAAAUUUUCUGAAUGAUCACUUCUGUGGAAACCGUGAAGAGGUUCAGGUUCUGGAUGUGGCCUGUGGAUCUGGACUGGCUGCAAAACUGAUGUUUGAACGGGGCUUCAGGCACUUUGUGGGAGUGGAUGGAAGUAAGGGCAUGCUGGAACAAGCUGCCAAGACUAGCCUUUAUCAGGACCUCAAACUGGCCUUACUGGGAACAGACCCACUGCCUGCAGAGACUGGUCAGUUUGAUGUGGUGAUGAUCAUCGGUGCUUUACGUGAUGGUUUCGUGCCGGUCAGCGUCAUCAGGGAGCUCUGCAACGCUACUAAACCAGGGGGAUAUGUCUGCAUGUCAAGAGUGGACCCAAAGUCCGAGUCUGGAGACAAAUAUAAAGCAUCUAUGGAGCAAGAGCUGCAGCUGAUGGUGGAGGAGGGACUGUGGACUCUUGUGGAUACUAAAGAGCUAAACAGAUACAUGCUGGAUGUUUAUAAUGAUAAAAGCAAGAAAGAGGAAGAUGAGGAAUACCUCCAUGGAACCAUGUAUCUGUACAGGAAGUCACUUAAUAAGAUUAAAAUUUAGGAUUGGAGCUGAAAAUGUUGCCAUGUUCAGGUUAUGUAUUUGCAUAGCUUGUGCUUGCACAUAUUAGACCAUUGGCUUUGUAUCUAUAAUGUUAUUAAAAUACAAAGUGCCUUCAAUUGUUAUUGC